GCCGCGGCCCGAGGAGGGGCGCAGCCUCCCGCUCCGGUGUCCCCCCCCCCCGCCCCCGCCACCAUGUCCGUCGAGCUGGAAGAGGCGCUGCCCCUGACCCCGGCCGAAGAGGCCCCCGCCACGCCGGAGAAGAAGCCCGCCGCCAAGAAGGCCAAGGCGGCGGCGGCGGCGGCGGCGGCCGGCGGCCCGGCCCUGUCGCCCUCCAAGAAGAAGAAGAACAACAAGAAGAAGAACCAGCCGGGCAAAUACAGCCAGCUGGUCGUGGAGACCAUCCGCAAGCUGGGCGAGCGCAACGGCUCCUCCCUGGCCAAGAUCUACAACGAGGCCAAGAAGGUGGCCUGGUUCGAUCAGCAGAACGGGCGGACCUACCUGAAGUACUCCAUCAAGGCGCUGGUGCAGAACGACACGCUCCUGCAGGUGAAGGGGACCGGGGCGAACGGCUCCUUUAAGCUCAACAAGAAGAAACUGGAAGGGGGCGGCGGCGGCGGCGGCGGCGGCGGCGGCGGAACCGGCGACAAGAAGAGCGCCGGCUCCGCCUCGUCCCACAGGGCCAAAAAGGCGGCUCCCUCCACUUCCUCGGCCGCCCGGCGCGCUGACAAAAAGCCCGGCAAGGCCAAGAAGCCCGAGAAGCGGUCCCACAAGAAGGGCGCGGGCGGCGGCGGCGGCAAGAAGGAUAAAGGCAAGGCCAAGAAGGCGGCCAAGAAGGCGGCCACCUCCGGGGGCAAGAAGGUGAAGAAGUCCGCCAAGCCCAGUGUCCCCAAGGUGCCGAAGGGCAGGAAGUGAGGGCGCCGUUUCCCCCGGUUCCCGGGGCCACCUUCUUAGUCGGGUGGUGGAGGGGCGGGCGGG